AUGGCAGGUGAAUUCGGGAAAGGAAAUUUACCGUUUGCGUCGACACUACGGCUGGCUGACUCAUCAAGUAUGUAUCGCAUAUCGUCGGCCCCGGAAACGCGCAUUUCUCCGCAUUCUUGUAUUAUUGUGAGUAAAAAAACGAUUGUGACCAAGUGCGAAGCAUACUUUGGUGGGGAUGAUGUAUGGGGUAAGGAAGGUAAAAGUACAGUAAUCACUUCGUCACUCUUGUUAUCAGGCUAA